AUGGCGAACCUGAGGACGGCUUUAGACUCAGCAUUCUGGGAUCAGCCCCUAUCUUCCCCACAAACCCUAGAAGGCUGUGCUCGGUCCAUUCCCGGCGACCCAUUCCCUCUCGACGCCACACGUGCCAGCCGUGCUCUUAGAAUUCAACAGCUUUCCCUCUUGGCUAAUGGCUUUCCACUGGGUCUCGUUCCUUCUUAUUCUUCCGCUUCUCCGAAACACCCGCCUUCUCUCUCUGUUCAGUCUCUCUUGCUUAAGCUCGCCUCCUCCAACUGUUGGCUUGGACUGAUUGGGCAGUUCCGACCAAAGAAAUUGAUUUCCUCAAUUAAAGCAGAAUUUAGCAACGCUGAGGAACUAGAAUUGUCUGUAUUCAGAGACGCAGCUAAACAUAUUGUGGACAAGUCACUUUAUUCAAUUGGUAUAUGCUCUCAGUUUUCUCCAACUCCCUCAACAUCUCUGUUGUUAAGCACUGAACGACAUGGUCACAGCGCCACACCUCGCUACAAAUUCAUGCUCUUUCACCAGCUUCCUUCUCAUGAUAUCACUCUGGAGGCUGCUUGGCCUGAGCUCUUUCUUGACCAUAGAGGUGGAUAUUGGGAUGUUCCUCAGUCCAUUUCCUUAGAUAUGGCUUCCAUUGGCUCUGACACUGGCUUCCGUUACCGAUUUGGCAUACACAAAAACAAUGGUCAUCCCAACACCAUUAACGCCAUAAAUGAUCAGCCACCCUUUGCCUUGAUGCCUGGAUUAUGUGGAAAGGCUUCCUUUUCUUAUGAGAAAAGCAAGGAUCUUUGGAGGAAGAAGCAGUCUAAGAAGGACAGUGUGAUCAAGACUGAUAGGGGUUCAAUUUUGCCUCGUUCAUAUGAUGUGCGUCUUAGUCAGCCUCAUUCAGCAAUAUCUGGAAUUGUUGGCGGCGCCUGUGCGGCAUGGUUUGGGGGCAGGGAUAUCUCAGUAUCUGCGGAUGGGCACAACUCGUCAAGUACAAGGAAGAGAAGUCCAUUGAAUGCUGAUUUAUUUGGCUCUGUUUGCUACACUUUCCAACAUGGGAACUUUACAAAGUUGUAUGGCGACCUAACUAGGAUUGAUGCUCGACUUGAUAUAUGCUCAGCCCUUACUCUUGCCAAAAGAGCAUUUAGGUGGUCUUCAGUUAGUGAUGCAGACAACGCGUUGUCCUCUCCCAGGCUGAAUUUGACUCUUCAACAGCAGGUUGGCGAUGGCAGUUUGAUCAACAGUCAUUUGAUUUCCUGGUACUGUUUAGAAGCUUGAGCGGUUAGAAUCUGGUUGCUGGCCCAAUUGUCUUUCGAGUUGAUUCAAGGUUUUCACUUGAUUCUUCAUCAGAUCAAGAAGGCCCCCAUGUGGAGGAUCUCGUAUACAGUUUGAGUUACUCACUAAGGCUUUUACGCUCUGGAAAGGUUGUUGCUUGGUAUUCUCCAAAAAGAAAAGAAGGAAUGGUUGAGUUGCGAUUAUUUGAGUUCUAACUCAUUGUUUACUUGCGGGAUGAGCUUAUUUUGCCUCGAAUACUCACAAAUUUUUGUCUAAGAAAUUUCAUUGCAAAUGCACGAUGAGCCAAUAUCUUCUUUCCA